GCCGGGGGCUGGGCUCCUGUAGAGUCUAAUAAGUACCAAUGGUUAGAGGUGGACCUGGGGGAGCGGACAGAGAUCACGGCCGUGGCCACGCAGGGUCGCUACGGCAGUUCAGACUGGGUCUCCUCCUUCCUCCUCAUGUUCAGCGACACGGGACGAAACUGGAAACAGUACCGCCAGGAGGACAGCAUCGGGGUAAGUCUCAGUGGGCAACCUUGACUAGUGUACAUUGUAGGUAAUCAUACCUGGAAGACAGUGUCAGGGUCAGUGGGCAACCUUGACUAAUUGUAGUCAUUUAAACCUGCAAGACAGCAUCGGGGUGAGUCACUGAGCAAAGACACCCUUGUGCUACGUUUGACCAGGGCUAGCCUCUGCUCCUAGGCUUCGCUCACGUUGUGGUGAGGUGAAAGCCUGUGGCAGAUGCUAGACCAGGGCCCAUGGACUCUGGUCAAAAGUAGUGCACUAUAUUGGAAUAGGGUGCCAUUUCAGACGCAGCCAAGUACACCAUGUAGCUAAACUCUCAAAUAGCCUCAUAAGCGUCCUUUCACUAUCAAUGAAUAAUAGAUGAAUCACUGGAAGGCAGGAAAAGCCCAGCUUAGCGCUAUACUGUUAGCUGAGAUAAUUAUUGGAUAUAGCUGCUUUUUAGUGUGUUGCCAUCCUGGUUACUUGCUUUCGGUACUAAAUAACAUUCUGUUAAUUUUAGCUGACACGAGGAGGAGAGAAUUAGAAAGAUUGUCAAUAAAAAAAAUCUAAUUUUACAACAUAUGUGAAUACAGUACUCUCAUCUACUCACAGUUUGACUACGCAUAUUUUUAAGUACUUGGCAUCAAAUUUCUGCACAUGUACUCAUAAAUCCUAAGAACCUCUUAGAGGAUUUUUUAACUCCAAAUGACAGCAGGAGUCUAAUAUCAGUACCAGUCACAAGUCCUGGUACGUGUUUUUUGUUUCCUCAGACAGGGCUUAAUAACUUUGAGUUUAAGGGAUGAGUGUUGUUCGCUCUAUCUUUCUCUACUAUGAGCGAAGGCUUGUCAGACAGGGGGCAGGCGUUGGAGGGAUUUGCACCUUGACUCGGGCAUAUUUCAAAGGGACACCUCCCUCCCGGAGCAAAUGAGAUGCAACUUCCUGAGCUUCAUCAUACGCAUGCACGUAUGGGAACACACACACACAAAUGAGAUGCAGCUUACUGAGCUUUCUCAGCAGGAAACAGUGCAAUUUGUUGGGCUUAACACUCCACCAGACGCACGGUUCAUCCGCUCUCUUCAAAGACGCUGUGGAUGCUUCUCAGCACUCCACAUUUUGCAACAAUGCUAAGAAAAGUCAAUUUCAGUCUGGGACAGACAUCAAAUGUUAUAUUAUAAACGCAGGUUUUCGACACCAAAAACUCACUGUAGUAUGACACGGAGCUCUUUGUUUAAAAACUUCUAAUGCAACCUCAGACCUCAAAGCUCACUUUGCAUUUUAAGUCUCAGUUGAAGUGGGUUCCCAUUGAUUUCCUUUACAAUAGGCAGGUGAUUGGAGGGGGGAAACAGUCCCCAUUACUCUUAUGAGAAAGGCUCAGGAUGGGUACUGAAGUCCUGUGGUUAUUGAUUGCUGCUGGCCACACACAUUGCUGUAUCCGCAUCUCUCGGGCCAACUGACGCAAGGUCUACGACUAUGCUAGUCAACAUGACAGGGAACUGGUUUCUAUCUAUAUAUCGUGUAACUGCAUCUAUCGUGCCAACCUGGCAUAAGGUAUAGUACAGUGCAUUUGGAAAAGUAUUCAGACCCCUUGACAUUUUCCACAUUGUUACGUUACAGCCUUAUUCUAAAAUUUAUGAAAUAAUUUUUCCCCCCUCAUCAAUCUACACACAAUACCCCAUAAUGACAAAGCAAAAACAGGUUUUUAGAAAUGUUUGCUAAUUCAUUACAAAUAAAAAACGGAACUACCUUAUUUACAUAAGUAUUCAGACCCUUUGCUAUUAGACUUGAAAUUGAACUCAGGUGCAUCCUGUUUCCAUUGAUCAUCCUUGAGAUGUUUCUAGAACUUGAUUGGAGUACACCUGUGGUAAAUUCAAUUGAUUGGACAAGAUUUGGAAAGUCACACACCAGUCUGUAUAAGGUCCCACAGUUGACAGUGCAUGUCAGAGCAAAAACCAAGCCAUGAGGUCGAAGGAAUUGUCCGUAGAGCUCUGAGACAGGAUUGUGUCGAGGCACAGAUCAGGGGAAGGGUACCAAAAAAUGUCUGCAGCAUUGAAGGUCCCCAAGAACAAGGUGGCCUCCAUCAUUCUUAAAUGGAAGAAGUUUGGAACCACCAAGACUCUUCCUAGAGCUGGCCGCUCAGCCAAACUGAGCAAUCGGUGGAGAAGGGCCUGGGUCAGGUAGGUGACCAAGAACCCGAAUGGUCACUCUGACAGAGUUCCAAAAUUCCUUUGUGAAGAUGGGAGAACCUUCCAGAAGGACAACCAUCUCUGCGGCAUUCCACCAAUCAGGCCUUUAUUGUAGAGUGGCCAGACGGAAGCCACUCCUCAGUAAAAGGAACAUGACAGCCCGCUUGGAGUUGACCAAAAGGCACCUAAAGGACUCUCAGACCAUGAGAAACAAGAUUCUCUGGUCUGAUGAAACCAAGAUUGAACUCUUUGGCCUGAAUGCCAAGAGUCACCUCUGGAGGAAACCUGGCACCAUCCCAUCCCAGUAAGGAUCGAGGGAAAGAUGAACAGAGCAAAGUACAGAGAGAUCCUUGAUGAAAACCUUCUCCAGAGUGCUCAGGACCUCAGACUGGUGCGAAGGUUCACCUUCCAACAGCACAAUGACCCCAAGCACACAGCCAAGACAAUGCAGGAGUGGCUUCGGGACAAGUCUCUGAAUGUCCUUGAGUGGCCCAGCCAGAGCCCGGACUUGAACUCGAUCAAACAUCUCUGGAGAGACCUGAAAAUAGCUGUGCAGCGACGCUCCCCAUCCAACCUGACAGAGCUUGAGAGGAUCUGCGGAGAAGAAUGGGAGAAACUCCCCAAAUACAGGUGUGCCAAGCUUGCAGCGUCAUACCCAAGAACACUCGAGGCUGUAAUCGCUGCCAAAGGUGCUUCAACAAAGUACUGACUAAAGGGUCUGAAUACUUAUGCAAAUGUAAUAUUUCUGUUUUUUUUACUUUUAAAAUAAAUGUGCUAACUAUUCUAAAAAACAGUUAUGGGGUAUUGUGUGUAGAUUGACGAGGAAAAAAAACAAUUUAAUCAAUUCUAGAAUAAGGCUGUAACGUAACAAAAUGUGGAAAAAGUCAAGGGGUCUGAAUACUUUCUGAGUACGUUUGGUCUCCCCUAGCCAACAUAAAAGCCAGGGCAGUAAUUCCCUCUAAUCUAUCUCACAAUAAUAGUAAGGACUUUGUGUUAAUUAGGUAUUUCACCCUUAUUUUAGCGUGUGAACCACCAAUUAACUGGAGUGUCAACUUCAAAGGAAGGCUGGAAUUCCUAGGGGAUGACCCCAUUGUUUAUCCAUCUUAAUGAGAGACAGGGGCUGUGUCCCAAAUGGUACCCUGUUCCAUAUUUAAUGCACUACUUUUGACCAGGGCCCAUAUACAGCACUGGUCAAAAGUAGUACACUAAAUAGGGAAUAGGGUGCCAUUUGGGACACAGCCAGGGAGCAGGAAGAGAGGAAAAAUAAUAUAACACAAUACUGAUAUGUAAUAUGUGCAUGUCUUAUUAGACACAUAAGUUAGGAUCAGAGAGGUUAACGACACUCAUUACUCAUAGAGUAGACCUAAGUGUUUGCCAGCAAACAUGAGACAGAAAGAGCAUCAGUAUUACAUUUCUUAUUCAUCUGAUCUUAUCAGUAACAAACCACUCUUCAGAUCCCACAUUAUCAAUGAGACCACAUGUUCUUCUCAAUAUGUGGAGGCAAAGCUAUUGGGAGCCUUCAUCAGUGUGCGAGUAUAUAUUUUUAUUUCAAGAAUAAAAACGGGGUUUGCCAAAGCAGUGGAGGCUGGUGGGAGGAGCUAUAGGAGAACAGGCUUAUUGUAAUGGUUGGAAUGGAAUGAACUGACCUCCUGAGUGGCGCAGUGGCCUAAGGCACUGCAUCGCUAGCUGUGCCACUAGAGAUCCUGGUUCGAAUCCAGGCUCUGUCGUAGCCAGCCGCGACCGGGAGACCCAUGGGGCGGCACACAAUUGGCCCAGCGUCGUCCAGGGUAGGGGAGGGAAUGGCCGGCAGGGCUGUAGCUCAGUUGGUAGAGCAAAUGCCAGGGUUGUGGGUUCGAUUCCCACGGGUGGCCAGUAUGACAUUUAAAAAAAAAUUAUGCACUCACUAACUGUAUGUCGCUCUGGAGCGUCUGCUAAAUGACUAAAAUGAAAAUGAAUGGAAUGGUAUCAGACACAUCAAACAUAUGGAAACCAUGUUUGACUCCGUUCCAUGAAAUCCAUUCCAGCCAUUACAAUGAGCAUGUCCUCCUAUAUCUCAUCCUACCAGCCUCCUCUGAUCCAAAUAAGAUAAACAAUGACAUCAUACAGUGGUAAAUCAGGUAGUGCAUAUGGUAACUCUUUAUUUGGAUAGUCCCAAAUAGACGGUUUGUAGAUGUUCAACUAACUGUCAACAACAUUUCAAUGAACUAUCCAUUAACCCUAACCCUCUCUGUAUUUUUGUGCCCUCUGUGUGUUUCUCCAGGCGUUCACUGGGAACAGCAAUGCAGACAGUGUGGUGCAGUUCAAACUGCAGCAGCCAGUCUUUGCCAGGUUCCUGCGGUUACUUCCUCUGGACUGGAACCCUAACGGGAGGAUAGGCCUGAGGCUGGAGGCCUAUGGAUGCCCUUACAGUAAGUACAACCAGGGGGGUUGGACAGGACAUAAUUUCCUUAUUGCAAUGAGAUUACUCUAAUCUGGUUGUAUCAAUGUCAUUGCAACCAGUUUUGCCCCCUGGGUAUUUUUUCCAUUAUUAUACUAGGAAAGCAAGUACUGGAGGUGUACAUGUACUAACUGCUUUUUUCUUAAGAUGAGCCAACAAACAAGAUGCGAAAGCUGAAUUUAUUUUCUGUUCACUGUUGUCAUUUCUGUCUCACACAGACAUAUACUGUAUAUUUUUUCUCAUACUGUGGCAGUUAGGCCUCUGUUUCUCCCUCAGUCCAACAACCUAUCCCUGGAUUGUUUUUAAUCAGUCCACCAUGUAGAGCGAUGAUUUAUGAGUUGUAUUACAUAAAUAUAUGAAUAGUUUUUUUUGUUAUUUUUGUAGACAGCACUAGUGGGAGGAAAUGUAUAAUGAGACAAAUGAGAGAGGACAGAGUGGAUGUGUUUUGAUAUUUUAUAUUGCGUUUUUGAAUUAUUAUACAUGAGAACAGACGGUUUCACUCUCAAAACAAUUAGCAUCCAGGGUUUGUUUAUACUUAUUUAUAGCGAUCUUUUCUGGCUUUUGGGAAUGGAAUUACAAUCUGGGCGUUUUUGUUUGAAACACUCAGUGAAUGCAACCAGUGCUAUAGUUGUUCAAUGGCCCAAUUCAAAUAAAAAGUUGUAUUUGGUCAUUUUUCUGUAAUGACCAUUUCACCAUGUAAUCGGUAACCAUGUCAAGUAAAUGCCAGGGAAGAAGUAGCCUUGUAAAACAGUGUUACCCAAAAUUACAAUAUAUUAUACACUGAGUAUACCAAACAUUAGGAACACCUUCCUAUUCUUGAUACACACUGGAAACUGUUGAGCGGGAAAAACCCAUCAGCGUUGCAGUUGUUGACACAAACCGGUGUGCUUGGCACCUACUACCAUACCCCGUUCAAAUGCACUUAAAAAUGUUGUCUUGCACAUUCACCCUCUAAAUGGCACACAUACACAAUCCAUGUCUCAAUUGUCUCAAGGCUUGAAAAUCCUUCUUUAACCUCCCUCCACCCCUUCAUCUACACCUACUGAAGUGGAUUUAACAAGUGACAUCAACAAGGGAUCAAGUAUGUAUGGCUGUGAUUUGAAGGCCCCAGCCAGAGGCCAUACUGAGCCCCCCCCCCCUCAAAAUCAUGUAAUGGGAUUUAUUUAUAGUAAAGACAUGUCAUUUAACUGUACAAAUGUAUUACCUUUUAAUGUGCCAUGAACAUAACCAGUUAUGAUGUUCUCAUCUGAUUGUCAAACAAAUCACAUCAGAAAGUAGGUUACCUUCGCACGUUCAUCCAAAAUAAUUCCAGCAUACGAACAGUGCACUGUGCACCCGCCAACUUUCCUUCAAUUCGCAAGUGGCUGAAAAUAUGUCACCGUAGAAAGCAUCCGAGCAAGCGAAACAGCGCCCCUCUGUCUUACUAUUUGUAGCCCAUGUAUCUGAUGCUGUCUGGUCAAAAAGAGUAUGACAUGCCAUAAUAUUUUUGGCCAGACAGCAUCAGAUACAUGGGCUACGCCAGGGUUCCCCAAACUCGGUCCUCGGGACCCCAAGUGCUUGAAGAAUUGUAAAAAGAAUAAUGUGAAAAUAUUGUACAAUCCAGGUAUGCAAAGUUCUUAGAGACUUACCAAGAAAGACUCACGUCUGUAAUCACUGUCAAAGGUGAUUCUAACAUCUAUUGACUCAGGGGGUUGAAUACUUAUCUAAUCAAGAUAUAGAGUUUUAUUUUUCAUGUAUUUUUAACAAAUGUAUAUUUUUUUUAAUCCACUUUGACAUUAUAGCGUAUUUUGUGUAGAUUGUUGACAAAAAAAUGACAAUUAAGUCAAUUUUAAUCCAACUUUGUAACACAACAAAAUGUGGAAGGCACUGUACAUGUCCUCUGCCUUAGCCUUGACAACGAUGUCAGUAUUAUCAGCAGCACCUGUCUUUUUAAUAAAUAAAUAAAUAAAUAUUGUAUACCUCUAAAGUCUAAGGGCCCAGGGCUGGGUCUCUAGUAAGCUAACGUACGGAAUUGUUUUAAGAUACCAAAGAUCAUUUAGCUAUUGGAUUUUAAAUGUAGGACCCUGCAAAUAUAUACAGUUGAAGUCGGAAGUUUACAUACACUUAGGUUGGAGUCAUUAAAACACAUUUUUCAACCACUCCACAAAUGUCUUGUUAAUAAACUAUAGUUUUGGCAAGUUGGUUAGGACAUCUACUUUGUGCAUGACACAAGUAAUUUUUCCAACAAUUGUUUACAGACAGAUUAUUUCACUUAUAAUUCACUGUAUCACAAUUCCAGUGGGUCAGAAGUUUACAUACACUAAGUUGACUGUGUCUUUAAACAGCUUGGAAAAUUCCAGAAAAGGAUGUCAUGGCUUUAGAAGCUUCUGAUAGGCUAAUUGACAUCAAUUGAGUCAAUUGGAGGUGUACCUGUGGAUGUAUUUCAAGGCCUACCUUCAAACUCAUUGCCUCUUUGCUUGACAUCAUGGGAAAAUCAGCCAAGACCUCAGAAAAAAAUUUGGGAGCAAUUUCCAAACACCUGAAGGUACCACGUUCAUCUGUACAAACAAUAGUAUGCAAGUAUAAACACCAUGGGACCACGCAGCCGUCAUACCGUUCAGGAAGGAGACGCGUUCUGUCUCCUAGAGAUGAACGUACUUUGGUGCUUAAAGUGCAAAUCAGAACAACAGCAAAGGACCUUGUGAAGAUGCUGGAGGAAACAGGUACAAAAGUAUCUAUAUCCACAGUAAAACGAGUCCUAUAUUGACAUAACCGGAAAGACCGCUCAGCAUGGAAGAAGCCACUGCUCCAAAACCGCCAUAAAAAAGCCAGACUAAGGUUUGCAACUGCACAUGGGGACAAAGAUCGUACUGUUUGGAGAAAUGUCCUCUGGUCUGAUGAAACAAAAAUAGAACUGUUUGGCCAUAAUGACCAUCAUUGUGUUUGGAGGAAAAGGGGGUGGCUUGCAAGCCGAAGAACACCAUCCCAACCGUGAAGCACGGGGGUGGCAGCAUCAUGCUGUGGGGGUGCUUUGCUGCAGGAGGGACUGGUGUACUUCACAAAAUAGAUUGCGUCAUGAGGAAGGAAAAUUAUGUGGAUAUAUUGAAGCAACAUCUCAAGACAUCAGUCAGGAAGUUAAAGCUUGGUCGCAAAUGGGUCUUCCAAAUGGACAAUGACCCCAAGCAUACUUCCAAAGUUGUAGCAAAAUGGCUUAAGGACAAGAAAGUCAAAGUAUUGAGGUGGCCAUCACAAAGCCCUGACCUCAAUCCUAUAGAACAUUUGUGGGCAGAACUGAAAAGCGUGUGCGAGCAAGGUGGCCUACAAACCUGACUCAGUUACACCAGCUCUGUCAGGAGGAAUGGGCCAAAAUUCACCCAAAUUAUUGUGGGAAGCUUGUGGAAGGCUACCCGAAACGUUUGACCCAAGUUAAACAAUUUAAAGGCAAUACUACCAAAUACAAAUUGAGUGUAUGUAAACCUCUGACCCACUUGGAAUGUGAUGAAAUAAAUCAUUCUCUCUACUAUUAUUCUGACAUUUCACAUUCUUAAAAUAAAGUAGUGAUCCUAACUGACCUAAAACAGGGAAUAUUUACAAGGAUUAAAUGUCAGGAAUUGUGAAAAACUGAGUUUAAAUGUAUUUGGCUAAGGUGUAUGUAAACUUCCGACUUCAACUGUAUAUACAGUGCAUUCUGGAAGUAUUCAGACCCCUUUACUUUUUCCACGUUUUGUUAUGUUAUAGCCUUAUACUAAAAUUGAUUAAAUCGAUUACCGCAUCGAGUCUUCUUGGAUAUGACGCUACAAGCUUGGCACACCUGUAUUUGGGAAGUUUCUCCCAUUCUUUUCUGCAGAUCCUCUCAAGCUCUGACAGGUUGGAUGGGGAGCGUUGCUGCACAGCUAUUUCCAGGUCUCUCCAUAGAUGUUCGAUCGGAUUCAAGUCCGGGCUCUGGCUGGGCCACUCAAGGAGGUUCAAAGAAGCCACUCCUGAGCACUCUGAAGCUGUUUUUCAUCAAGGAUCUCUCUGUACUUUGUUCCGUUCAUCUUUGCCUCGAUCCUGACUAGUCUCCCAGUCCCUGCCGCUUAAAAACAUCCCCACAGCAUGAUGCUGCCACCACCAUGCUUCACCGUAGGGAUGGUGCCAGAUUUCCUCCAGACGUGAUGCUUGGCAUUCAGGCCAAGGAGUUCAAUCUUGAUUUCAUCAGAGCAGAGAAUCUUGUUUCUCAUGGUCUGAGAGUCUUUAGGUGCCUUUUGACAAACUCCAAGCGGGCUGUCAUGUGCCUUUUACUGAGGAGUGGGGUCCAUCUGGCCACUCUACCAUAUAGGCCUGAUUGGUGGAGUGCUGCAGAGAUGGUUGUCCUUCUGGAAGGUUCUCCCAUCUCCACAGAGGAAUUCUAGAGUUCUGUCAGAGUGGCCAUCCGGUUCUUGGUCGCCACCCUGACCAAGGCCCUUCUCCCCCGAUUGCUUAGAUUGGCCGGGUUGGCCAGCUCUAGGUGGUUCCAAACUUCUUCCAUUUAAAAAAGAUGGAGGCCACUGUGUUCUUGGGGACCUUCAAUGCUGCAGACAUUUUUUGGUACCCUUAUUUUAACUAUUUUCUAUAUUGUAGAAUAAUAGUGAAGACAUCAACAUUACGAAAUAACACAUAUGGAAUCAUGUAAUAACCAAAAAAGUGUUAAACAAAUCUAAAUAUAUUAUAUAUAUGAGAUUUUUCUAAAUAGCCACCCUUUGCCUUGAUGACAGCUUUGCACACUCUUAGCAUUCUCUCAACCAGCUUCAUGAGGUAGUCACCUGGAAUGCAUUUCAAUUAACAGGUGUGCCUUGUUAAAAGUUAAUUUGUGGAUUUUCUUUCCUUCUUAAUGCGUUUGAGCCAAUCAGUUGUGUUGUGAUAAGGUAGGGGUGGUAUACAGAAGAUAGCCCUAUUCGGUAAAAUACCGAAUAACGACAGUCAUCAUUACUUUAAGACAUGAAGGUCAGUCAAUCCGGAAAAAUUCAAGAACUUAGAACGUUUCUUCAAGUGCAGUCGCAAAAACCAUCAAGCGCUAUGAUGAAACUGGCUCUCAUGAGGACCGCCACUGGAAAGGAAGACCCAGAGUGUGUGUAUAUAUAUAUAUUACAUACAUACACACACACACACACAUCUGAUGAAACAUUGAAUUUGGCCUUAAUGGUAUUAGCCCAUAGAAACACAUUGAAUAACAGAUUAAAACAUGGAAAAAUAGAUAGUCAAAGAUUAAAUCAAAAGGAAGUAUGUUUUGAGGUGUCUGUGCUAUAUCUGAGAGAUAUAAGAAAGCUCAGAAUAAAAAAUAGAAAAGUAUUUUAUUGUGGAAUUAUACCUUUCACUUUGAAAUGCCCUACUCACUUCCAUGAAUUUUCGGCUCGGUACCGAGUUACCUUCAGCAGAGUCCUGUGACACAAAAUGGAGAACACCGUUGUGUUCGUAACAGUCUCAUCUUUCCAUAGAAGGUCAAAUUAGUGUGUAGCCCAAACCGCUCGGAUGCUACAGAUAUUUUGUGAGAAGACUUUUCAGGAUGUCUCCUUGUCUGACAAACACCGCUGUAGCUCGGCCACCUUCCAUCGCAGAUAUGGAAGUCCGACAUUGGCGUAUGCGUUGUAUUGAGACGCAGCCCAUACAAGAAAACAGAUAUCUCUAGCUUAAACAGACGAAUUUCAAUUGGGAUUUUAUUUUAUUUUAUUAUGCCUCAAACGAAGCAUGGGGGGCCUGAAGCAGAUACAUUAUUUUAAUAAAAAUAUAUAUUAAAUAAUAAAUAUGCCCAUUGAUGAUGUGAGGCCUCUUCUGCCUAAUGGUAUAUCCGCCACUGUACAUUACCAACAAUAUAAAUAAGAUGAAAUGUAAGAUAAAAGCAUGAGAUAAAAUGUGUCAGUACCCUCACAUUAAAGUCUUCUUUAGUCUUUAAUCACAGCUCUUCAAUCAUUGAAGUGGUUUGAUGUGUGAGGGACAAAGGCUACCCCGCCUCAUUAGAAGCAGUUAAGUAUGGAGAAAUUAGCUUCUUAUCUGAAUCUCACUCGACCAGCACACACUGGGGUCUAUAAUGUAUAGCUAAUAGCUAAUGAAAAUACUGAGCACUGAAUGACCACCACUUUGAGAUUGAAUCACCUGCUCAUACCUCUACUAUUCUCUUUAGUAUCCAAGUGGCCAGAUGUGGUUAAAAUUCAGUUAUUCCAGCUGGUUUACAACUAGAGCUGAAAAUAAUGAAUAUUCCUUUGUCUUUCUGCUGAAUAUGAAGGUUGUGAUAUGCAUUUCUACUAUACUAGUGCAGAAUCUUACUGUAAUGUAAUGUCUUGUUUGCAGAAUCUGAUUGUACUACUGCACCCUACUGUAGAAUCUUUACUUAUGAAUGUGUUUUUUGCAGAGUCUGAUGUGGCAAAUUUUGACGGCAGCGGCUGCUUGCUCUACAGGUUCAGCCCCAACCCAACACCAAUUCUAACAGCCAAAGACACUAUCUCUCUGAAGUUCAAAACCCUGCAGAACUCUGGGACACUGAUACACACAGAGGGACAACACGAUCGCAGCCUCACGCUGGAGUUACACAAAGGAAAACUUUUACUCCACCUCAGAAAAGGUACAGUACUAAUUACAAUAACAUCCCAUAAUCUCCUACAGCGUUUACUCUACUUUUCUGUGAUGUAUGGUUUUCACAGUUAGGCAUGUGUUUGGUGCCGACUCAGCGAUUUAGGCGAUUAGCCUACUGUAGUAAAAAUGAUACAUUGACUACUUACUACGGCAUAGCAGAGCCGGAAAAAAAGUUUUACGUUUGCCAGGCACAAGUGGUGCUAAACUUCAGGCGGGUGCUGUGAUGUCAGGGAGCCAGCUUGUCGAAGGCAUCGACAUAUGCUACACCUCUUAGCAGGACCAUCUGUCUGUUGCAUACUACACCUCCCAGCUAGCCCUCCUCCCAGUCCUCCUCCCAGCCCUGCUCAGCUCAACGCUCCACAA